UAGCUGCACUUGUCACGGACAUAUUGGAUAGUGUCGGUGUGGCUGCGAACAACUCUGGAUGGGUCCAAUAACAGGAAAAUAACCCCUUGAACCUACGGUUUUUUUCGCCUCUUUACCCCUUUUGCCACCCAUCAUUCCAGCAAGAUGUCACAAGUAUUACCAAUACGGUUCCAGGAGCAUUUGCAGCUCACAAAUGUUGGGAUCCAGACUUCAAACAUUGGGUUUAAUACCCUUACCAUGGAAAGUGACAAGUUCAUUUGUGUCAGGGAGAAGGUCGGAGAGUCAGCCCAGGUGGUCAUCAUCGAUAUGGGUGAUCCAACAAAUCCUAUUAGGCGACCCAUCUCUGGUGAUUCUGCCAUCAUGAAUCCAGCAUCUAAAGUUAUAGCUCUGAAAGCUCAAAAAACUUUGCAAAUUUUCAACAUUGAAAUGAAGACCAAAAUUAAAGCACAUACAAUGGAUACAGAAAUUCAGUUCUGGAAGUGGAUCACCAGUAACAAGUUAGCUCUGGUUACAGAAACUGCUGUCUACCAUUGGAGUAUGGAUGGUGAUGCUCAGCCGCUGAAGAUGUUUGACCGCCACAGUAGUUUGAAUGGUUGUCAAAUCAUUAACUACAGGACAGAUACCAAACAGAACUGGCUGUUACUGAUUGGUAUCUCAGCUCAACAGAACAGGGUUGUAGGCUUCAUGCAACUUUAUAGCAUGGAGCGCAAAGCAAGUCAGCCAAUUGAAGGUCAUGCAGCUGGCUUUACUACUUUCAAGAUGGAGGGUAACCCAGAGGCUUCAACACUGUUCUGCUUUGCAGUACGCAAUGCUCAGGGAGGCAAGUUACAUAUUAUUGAAGUUGGUGCACCUGCAGCUGGUAACCAGCCAUUUGCAAAGAAGAAUGUUGAUGUUUUCUUCCCACCUGAAGCACAGAAUGACUUUCCAGUUGCUAUGCAGGUCAGUUCAAAACAUGAUGUGAUAUACCUUAUCACCAAGUAUGGCUAUGUUCACCUAUAUGACAUUGAGAGUGGUACAUGUAUCUUCAUGAACCGCAUCAGUGGUGAUACUAUAUUUGUCACUGCACCUCACGAGUCAUCUAGUGGCAUCAUCGGUGUUAAUCGCAAAGGACAGGUGCUAAGUGUUAGUGUGGAUGAAGAAAACAUCAUUCCAUACAUCACAAAUGUCCUACAAAAUCCUGAUUUAGCCUUAAGAAUUGCCACCAGAAAUAAUCUUGCAGGAGCUGAGGAUCUUUUUGUACGCAAGUUCAACACAUUAUUCCAGAAUGGUCAGUAUAGUGAAGCAGCCAAGGUUGCAGCUAAUGCUCCAAAAGGUGUCCUGCGUACCCCACAGACAAUUCAGAGGUUCCAGCAAGUCACUGCUCAACAAGGUCAAACAUCCCCUCUCCUUCAGUAUUUCGGAAUUCUGUUGGAUCAGUCCCAUCUGAAUAAGUUUGAAUCCUUAGAGUUGUGUAGACCUGUGCUGGCACAGGGUCGUAAAAAUCUGCUCGAGAAGUGGUUAAAGGAAGAUAAAUUGGAGUGUUCGGAGGAGCUUGGAGAUUUAGUGAAACAAGCUGACCCAACUCUAGCCCUCUCAGUUUACUUGAGAGCCAAUGUACCAAAUAAAGUGAUUCAGUGUUUUGCUGAGACUGGUCAGUUCCAGAAAAUAGUUUUGUAUGCCAAGAAAGUAGGUUACACACCAGAUUACAUUUUCCUUUUGCGAAAUGUCAUGCGUGUAAAUCCAGAGCAAGGUUUGGCAUUUGCACAGAUGCUGGUACAAGAUGAUGAACCAAUGGCUGAUGUAAAUCAGAUAGUGGACAUAUUUUUAGAAAGUAAUUUGAUUCAACAAUGUACAGCCUUUCUAUUAGAUGCCCUCAAAAAUAACCGCCCCACCGAAGGACCCUUGCAAACCCGCUUGCUGGAAAUGAACCUUAUGUCUGCCCCACAAGUAGCUGAUGCUAUUCUGGGUAAUCAGAUGUUCACUCAUUAUGAUCGUGCACACAUUGCUCAGCUCUGUGAGAAGGCAGGGUUGUUGCAGCGUGCCUUGGAACAUUACACCGACAUGUAUGAUAUCAAGCGUGCAGUUGUACACACCCAGUUACUAAAUCCGGAGUGGUUAGUCAACUAUUUUGGGUCAUUAUCUGUGGAAGACUCCUUGGAGUGCCUGAAAGCAAUGCUCACUGCAAACCUCAGACAGAAUCUUCAAAUUGUUGUUCAGAUUGCAACCAAGUACCAUGAGCAGUUGACAACGAAUGCUCUGAUUGACCUAUUUGAGUCAUUCAAGUCAUUUGAAGGCCUUUUCUACUUCUUGGGAUCUAUUGUCAACUUUUCUCAAGAACCUGAAGUUCAUUUCAAGUACAUUCAAGCUGCCUGCAAAACUGGGCAAAUAAAGGAGGUAGAGAGAAUAUGUCGAGAGUCAAAUUGCUACAACCCAGAACGUGUGAAAAACUUCUUGAAGGAGGCUAAAUUGACUGACCAGUUGCCCCUGAUUAUUGUUUGUGAUCGCUUUGAUUUUGUUCAUGAUUUGGUUCUCUACCUUUACAGAAAUAAUCUUCAAAAAUACAUUGAAAUUUAUGUACAAAAGGUCAAUCCAUCACGUUUACCUGUUGUGGUUGGAGGCCUCUUGGAUGUUGAUUGUGCUGAGGAUGUCAUUAAGCAGUUGAUCAUGGUUGUACGUGGCCAAUUCUCUACUGAUGAGCUUGUGGAAGAAGUGGAAAAACGUAAUAGGUUGAAGCUGUUGCUAUCUUGGUUGGAAUCGCGUAUCCAUGAAGGCGUGUCAGAACCUGCCACACACAAUGCUAUUGCCAAAAUAUACAUCGACUCGAAUAAUAAUCCUGAGAGGUUCUUACGUGAAAAUCCACAUUACGAUAGCAAAGUAGUUGGCAAGUACUGCGAAAAACGGGAUCCACACCUAGCUUGUAUCGCGUAUGAAAGAGGACAGUGUGAUCGAGAGUUGAUAAAUGUAUGUAACGAGAACUCUCUCUUUAAAUCUGAAGCUCGUUAUUUGGUAAGGAGGCGAGAUCCUGAACUCUGGGCUGAAGUCCUGCAGGAGACAAAUCAGUACAGGCGACAAUUAAUUGAUCAGGUUGUACAAACUGCCCUGUCAGAAACUCAGGACCCAGAGGACAUUUCUGUUACUGUUAAAGCCUUCAUGACUGCAGACCUGCCAAAUGAGCUAAUAGAGCUAUUAGAGAAGAUUGUUCUUGAUAAUUCUGCUUUCAGUGACCAUAGGAACCUUCAGAACUUGUUGAUUUUAACUGCAAUAAAGGCUGACCAUACUAGAGUCAUGGACUACAUAACACGGCUAGAUAACUAUGAUGCCCCAGAUAUUGCUAACAUUGCUAUUGGGAAUCAGUUAUAUGAAGAAGCAUUUGCAAUCUUUAAGAAGUUUGAUGUUAACACAUCUGCAAUUCAGGUACUAAUUGAACACAUAACGAACUUGGAUCGUGCCUAUGAAUUUGCCGAGCGUUGCAAUGAGAGUGCUGUGUGGAGUCAGUUAGCAAAGGCACAGCUUCAGCAGUCCCUAGUGAAGGAGGCAAUAGAUUCUUUCAUCAAAGCGGACGAUCCAACUGCCUACAUUGAUGUUGUGGAUACAGCACAUAGAACAGGUCACUGGGAAGAUUUAGUUAGAUACCUGGUCAUGGCUCGGAAAAAAGCAAGAGAGUCCUAUGUUGAAAGUGAACUCUGCUAUGCAUAUGCAAAAACAAACAGGUUAGCUGACUUGGAAGAGUUCAUUGCAGCUCCAAAUCAUGCAGAUAUACAAAAGAUUGGUGACCGUUGUUUUGAUGAUGGCAUGUACGAUGCAGCCAAACUCUUGUACAAUAAUGUUAGUAACUUUGCAAGAUUAGCCAUCACACUCGUCCACCUUAAAGAGUUCCAGGGUGCUGUAGAAUCUGCCCGUAAAGCAAACAGUACUAGAACGUGGAAGGAGGUUUGCUUUGCCUGUGUUGACAAUGAACAGUUCCGUCUUGCUCAGAACUGCGGCCUUCACAUAGUUGUUCAUGCUGAUGAAUUAGAAGACCUUAUUAAUUACUAUCAGGAUCGUGGGUAUUUCGAUGAACUUAUUAAUUUACUAGAGGCUGCCCUAGGACUAGAGCGUGCACAUAUGGGUAUGUUUACAGAACUAGCCAUCCUUUAUUCAAAGUACAAGCCGGAGAAGAUGAGGGAGCAUCUCGAGCUCUUCUGGUCCAGAGUUAACAUUCCAAAGGUAUUACGGGCAGCAGAGCAUGCACAUCUAUGGGCCGAGUUGGUGUUCUUGUACGAUAAAUAUGAAGAGUAUGAUAAUGCAGUCUUAACGAUGAUGGCACAUCCAACAGAAGCAUGGCGGGAAUCACAUUUCAAAGAUGUUAUCACCAGAGUUGCCAAUAUCGAAUUAUACUAUAAAGCCAUCCAGUUUUAUUUGGAUUACAAGCCGAUGCUCUUGAAUGACCUACUGAUGGUCCUAUCACCAAGAAUGGAUCAUACCAGGGCUGUCAAUUUCUUCUCAAAGGUUGAUCACUUGAAGUUGGUCAAAGGUUACUUAAGGUCAGUGCAGUCCUUAAACAACAAGGCUAUCAAUGAGGCUCUGAAUUCUUUACUUAUAGAAGAGGAAGAUUAUACAGGCUUGAGAACCUCAAUUGAUGCAUUUGACCAUUUCGACAACAUUGCACUUGCACAGUCCUUAGAGAAGCAUGAUUUGAUUGAAUUCCGCCGCAUCGCAGCAUAUUUGUACAAAGGCAACAAUAGAUGGAAACAGUCAGUGGAAUUAUGCAAGAAAGAUAAGCUGUUUAAGGAUGCCAUGGAAUAUGCUGCAGAGAGCAAGAACUCUGAUACAGCUGAAGAACUCAUCUCUUGGUUCCUGGAGAAUGGCAACUUUGACUGUUUUGCAGCAUGUCUCUUCCAUUGCUAUGAUCUUCUGCAUCCAGAUGUUAUUUUGGAGUUGUCCUGGCGUCAUAACAUUAUGGACUUUGCUAUGCCAUAUUUAAUUAAUGUGAUGAGGGAGUAUGUCACAAAGGUUAAUAAAUUAGAAGAAGUCGAAAGAAAUAGAAGUGAAAAUGAAACUCAUGAAAGCAAACCUAUGAAUAUGAUUGGUGAGCCCCAGCUUAUGAUCACAGCUGGCCCGGGCAUGAUGGGACCAGGCUACCCCAACGCUGGAUACGCUAACAAUAUUAACUACGGUGCUGGCAUGCCCUCGUACCAAGGCUACAGCAUGUAAGCAAUUAUCACCGCCAUUCCCACGCCAGUGUAAAGUUUUCAGGUUUGUUUUCAUAAGACAAGUGCGUAGAGUUAUUAGUAGGGCAAAUUGCUACAUCUAAAAACUGUUCAUACCAGUCAUUUUUUUUUCUAUAAAAGGUUGGUUUCAGAAUAAGUGUUAACUUGUUUCCUCAAAGCUGCAGGCUUAACUAAUAAUGAGCCUCAUAGACUAAUGUAAGUUACACAAAUACUGUAAAAAGGAAGUUGACUUAUCCGCAUGGAUAUGUGUCCAAAUUCUACGUAGAGGAAUCUGUAAGUUUACAAGUGUAAAUGGCCAAGUUGUUUGGUAAAGAGCAAAGAAAUAAGCUUAUAGUGUGUAAUAGUGAAAGGGCGAGUGAGUGAGAUUUAUGAGGCAUUCAGGUUCAGAGACCUGGCUGCUACUCUUCUGCAGAUUGUCCUGUUUAUUCAGUAAUGUCUAUUAACAGAAUUUUUUUUUUCUUUGAGAAAUUUGUGGAGGUGUGGGGAAGACAUGCUGCCUCACAUGGUUAAUUUUUUUUUAUGUUAAGGAACUUGUCUGAAUGUGGAGGUAUAAGCCCAUGUAAAUGCUUUUUCAUUGUAUAUAGUUUUUCCUGUGGCGAUUCCUGCUGAAUGUGAUGUAGCAUUUUUUGCCUAUUCCUCUUCUGAUUUAUAAUUGGUUUCUGGUGUAGAGACAUUGAUUCUGUAAGAAUUACGAAGCUGAAUUACAGUAUGUAUAUAUAGAUUCAAAUAUAAGACAUAAUAAGUUAUAAAAAGUUUUUGCAAUGUGUAAACUUUGAUUUUUUUUUCUCUUAGACUAGAUGAUGAGAUACUGGAUUGCUUUAUCAAACCAUUCCUAAACCUAUGUGAUGGGCAACUUCCCAGAAUCUCAUCUUCAAGUCUGAACAAAUGGAGAUUGAAAGUGGAAAAAGCUUUGUCCAUUGUGUGCCUUCAGACAGGAAAAGAGAAGGCGGCGGCUUUACAGUCUACAUCAUGAUUGUUAAUCAGUGAGGUGAUACUUUCCAAAGGCCACUAGAAUGUGUUCAAAUUAUCUAAAUGGUUGUUCAUUAGAGAAUAGAGUGUCACCAAAUUGAUAGGGGUGGAGCAGCUUUAUAUUUAUAGACAAACCUUUGGAUGAGUUAACCUUGUUGACAAAGUAAAUAACAUUGUUGCUGGUUAUCAAGAACUCAUAAUGCCAUGAUGUUGCUUGGAGUGCAUGGCAAUUUUUAGUUUUGAUAAUUUUCACCUUUCCCCCCAUUCAAGAUGUGAAUUAUGGAUUAUUGAUAGCUGGCACUAUGAUAGAGGCAUUGGGAGGAGGAGGAAAUUUUUGUUGAACGGAACUUAGACAGUAUGCUAGUUUCAUUGAAAAAUUAUUUUUGACAAUUUCCAUUGUUUUGUGGUCAAAUUCAAGGAUUGGCCUAUUUUGUCAGUUCCUCAUAUCUGUUGUAUGAAAUUUUUUCCGUACAGCACUUUUUCCAUGGUAUGACUCCAUGGCUAUGUAUGACUGUUUAGAACUCUGGUACUGUACUAUGCAUUCUUCUCUAUCACCUCCACUCAUUUUUUUUUUUCAUUUUUGUCUGAAAGUACCAUGGAAAUGUUGGAUUAUUUUUCUUUAAUAUUUAACAAUAGGAUCAUUUGCCCUCUGGGCAGUAUUUAAAAACUGCUGAUAUAGAUAUUCAUUGUAUUUUAUUAAUUGUUAUUGAGGAUAGUAAUUUUAUUUUUAAGUUAGGAUUUGAGAGUUUUAAUGUUUCUUUGUAAGAAAUAGCAUGUACAUUUCCUUGGUGAUGGAGCCAGCAAGUGCCAUCUUCAUCAGGCUUCAGGAGACAACUGUUGACUCCCCAGUGGCUGAUGCCUCUACUUAGAGCAGAUGUACUGUGGCUACAUGUCAAAUUUAAAUAAACACCUCCCACAUGA